AUGAGUGGGUGCCCAGUUUUAGGAAGCGGCUUUGGAUAUGCUUUUAAAAACCUCUCUGUACAAGGCAGUGAAGAAGACAAAUCACAAAUGGGUGUGAAUAGAGCCAGUAAAGGGGGACUUAUCUAUGGGAACUACCUGCAAUUGGAAAAACUUUUGAAUGCGCAGGAACUUCAAAGUGAAAUAAAAGGAAAUAAAAUCCAUGAUGAGCAUCUUUUCAUCAUAACUCAUCAAGCUUAUGAACUCUGGUUUAAGCAGAUCCUCUGGGAAUUGGAUUCUGUUCGCGAGAUCUUUCAGCAUGGCCACGUCAGGGAUGAAAGGAACAUGCUGAAGGUGGUGACCCGAAUGCACCGAGUGGGGGUGAUCCUCAAACUCUUGGUCCAGCAGUUUUCCGUCCUGGAGACCAUGACAGCCUUGGACUUCAACGACUUCAGAGAGUACUUAUCCCCGGCAUCAGGCUUCCAGAGUCUGCAGUUCCGACUGUUAGAAAACAAGAUAGGGGUUCUUCAGAGCUUGAGGGUCCCUUACAACAGAAGACACUACCGUGAUAACUUCAGGGGAGAAGACAACGAGCUACUACUGAAGUCCGAGCAGGAAAGGACCCUCCUGCAGCUGGUGGAGGCAUGGCUGGAAAGAACCCCAGGUUUAGAGCCACAUGGAUUUAACUUCUGGAGAAAGUUUGAAAACAACAUUGUCAAAGGCCUGGAAGAAGAAUUCACAAGAAUUCAGGCCAAGGAAGAGUCAGAGGAAAAGGAGGAACAAAAGGCUGAAUUUCAGAAGCAGAAAGAGGUGUUACUAUCCUUAUUUGAUGAGAAACGCCAUGAGCAUCUCCUUAGUAAAGGAGAGAGACGGCUAUCAUACAAAGCACUUCAGGGGGCCUUGAUGAUAUACUUUUACAGGGAAGAGCCCAGGUUCCAGGUCCCCUUCCAGCUGCUGACCUCCCUCAUGGACAUGGACUCGCUCAUGACCAAGUGGAGAUAUAACCAUGUGUGCGUGGUGCACAGGAUGCUGGGCAGCAAGGCGGGCACCGGCGGGUCCUCGGGGUACCAGUACCUGCGCUCCACGGUGAGUGACAGGUACAAGGUGUUUGUAGAUUUAUUUAAUCUCUCAACAUAUCUGGUUCCCCGACACUGGAUACCGAAGAUGAACCCAAUUAUCCAUAAGUUCCUUUACACAGCUGAAUAUUGUGACAGCUCUUACUUCAGCAGUGAUGAAUCAGAUUAA